AUGCCCGAUAAAACGACGUCGGUUGUUUCAUACGCCGCCGGAGCGUCCCUCGCCGCAGCCGCCCUCAUCUACGUCUUCGGUCCAACCUUCACCAUCGACCACGACACCACCAGCUCGCGCAAGAAAACCAUUGUCGGCCUGCGCAACCAGGCGAAUGACUGCUUCAUCAACUCGGUGCUGCAAGCCUUGGCCGGCCUGGGCGAGCUGCGGGUCUAUCUGAUCCGCGAGACACAUCGCCGCCGCAUCGAAGACCCGGCCGUGUACGCCAACUUGGUGCAGCCCCUGGAUGGGACACAGCUUGCGCAGUGGAAGCUGCAGGGUCUUCAGGAUGGACUGGUAACACAUGGGCUAAAGGAGAUGCUGGAUGCGCUUAAUGAGCGGCCCAUUUCAAAAAAGGCCAUCUCGCCCUUCCCGUUUGUCAAGGUGCUGGAGAUAGCUUUCAAGCAGCGCAUCAGCAGACAGCAGCAGGAUGCGCAAGAGUUUUUGCAGAUUGUAGCAGAACGACUCAAGGACGAAUAUCAUGCCGGCGAGCGCGCGCGGUUGCAUGCCCGCAACUUGGGCAUCAUGGCAGCAGCCGAUUCGAACUCCAAGGAUGGCAACGAUACCGACAGGUCGGAGGAUGCUGCCGACAGCACUACCGGAGUAGCAAUCAAUAUCGACUUGGCAGAAGUGCAGAGGGCAGUUCGCGAGAUUCGCGUCCAGCCGGAGCUCGAGGAAGGAUUUCCCUUGGAAGGAAAAUAUGAGUCGCAUAUUCAGUGCCAGACUUGCGGCUACACCACCAAACCAAGAGAAGAGACUUUUUGUACUCUGACACUGGCAGUUCCGCAAGUCUCGUCAACCUCAUUGAGCGCUUGCUUUGACGGUAUAUUCAAGACGGAGUAUAUCGACGAUUUUAAAUGCGAAAUGUGCCGUCUAGUACAGACUAAGACCAACCUCGAACACGAAAUGGCCAAAUCGACGUCCGAGAGCUUCAGAGCCCUAGCUCAAGAAAAUAUCGAAAGGCUUCAGAUGGCUAUAGAGACCGACCCCGAACGACCGCCCGAAGACGUGGAACUCGGCGAUAUUCGGUAUGCGCCGAAGAGAAAGAUUGCCAAGACGACACGCAUGUCUACAUUUCCCAGAAUCUUAGCCGUUCACCUAUCUCGAUCAAUUUAUGGUGUUGGUCAGAUCACGCAGAAAAAUUCGGCCAAGGUGUCGUUUCCUGAGCGAUUACCUCUAGGGAGUGUUGCAGAGCAGCACAAGUAUAAGCUACUCGGCGUCGUGACACAUAGGGGAGGCCAUAACAGUGGCCACUACGAAGCAUUUCGGCGGCAAAAUACGCCAUCUCCUUUUGCGAACAUCAAUACGUUUCAAAAAUCUGAAAUCUAUAGCAAGACGCCGACGCCCCUUUCAACACCGCAGAUUUCAGCCCGUCAAGCCGAUAGCCCUUCUAUCUCAACUCCAGAUUUGCUGUCGCCAUCCUCAGACACUACCUCAUCCACGCCAUCGUUAGAAUCUACUGGGCCUCCUCCGCGGAGCGUUCCUGUCGAUCUCCCGAAACCCAUGAUGAACGGCAAAGAUAGAGACGGCGAGACCAGCAGCCUUCGAUCUGUAGCCGCAUCUACCAAGUCAGCGCUGUCUAAGCUCGCGCCUCCUAGGUCAAGCCUUAAUGGAGCUUCAUCCCCUGGCGUGGCCAAGUCUCAACCUCGACCUAAGAAGCGAAAGCUUGCGGAAAAGUGGUGGCGAGUCAGCGAUGAAAAAGUGCGCGAGGCAAAGACAAGCGAAGUCUUGGGCAUGCAGAAAGAAGUCUAUCUGCUCUUCUACGAGCUGGACACUGAGCAAUGA